GCCUCAGACCCGACUCGUACUGCGACGAUGGAGCCUCAAGCCCUGAUGCAGCGCCUGCCCGACGCCGUGCAGCAGUUCCGGCAGGAACGGCUGCAGUCGCUCCGCCCGCCCCAGGAGUUCUUCGACAUGCAGCGUGUGUCGAGGCCCGCAGACAUGAGCGUCGCCACCGGACGCGUCAAGUACAACGUCAACUAUUUUUCCGGCAACUACAUCCUCCUAAUCCUCCUCCUCGCCGUCUACUCGCUCCUCACCAACCCGCUCCUCCUCAUUGCGCUCGCCUUCCUCAUCGGUGGCUACGUCGGCAUCAACCGCUUCAUCCCCGAGCCGGUCCAGUUCGGGUCGACGACGGUCGAGCCCAAGCACCUGUACAUGCUCCUCUUCAUCGUCGGGAUCCCGAUCCUGUGGAUCAGCGCGCCCAUCGCGUCCUUCUUCUGGCUCGUCGGCAGCAGCAGCGUCCUCAUCCUCGGACACGCCGCGCUCCUCGAGCCGGGCGUCGAGAGCGAGUACGGCACGGUGCAGGGGGUCUGAGCGGGCACCGCGCACGGUCGUCGCGCGGGGGAGGGGCCGAGCAGGUCCAUCGGCUCGCUCCCGGGCGGCAGGAGGGCAGGGUGCAGCGCGUGGCACUUGAGCGCAUGGGCGAUGCGAGCGGGCCGAGCGUCGGCCCUGAUAGACAUGCGGGCGGCGGCGGCGAAGCAGAAGGAGGAAGGAGGUUGUGCUUUUUCUCGACGUGCAUUGAUACCCCUCGGGCCAUUCUAUUCUU